GCAUACGCCCAGCGGAUGCACGCGUACGUAUGUAUAUAUAUAUAACUGUUCUUGCAUUUUUUUAGUGUUAAACAACAUAAACGCCCGUAUAGAAAAGUAAGCGGAAAGGAACACGAAGAUUAUGUUUCGAUAUAACGGAAAAUGUGGCUGUAAAGGACAGAAGGGGGAUGACGUGUCGCAUGAUACAUUCAUCUAACCACAAUCAGCUUCUGGCCAAGGAAGUGUAUUCUGUCGCAAAAUAGCCAACGAUUAAUAGAAAUUUCUGAUGUUGCAAUGUGACAUGCAGUGAACGUUAAUAAAGUGUUAUUGGGAACGAGUGUCGGUGAUUAAUCGAAUAAUGUCUUAGAAUUCUUUACGAUAUCUUUAAAUAAUUUUUAAACACCUAACUACGAAUCUCCGCGAGUCUCUUUGUACAUACAAACAUUGAUAUCUGUACAUAAAUACCUUAGAUUUGAUUUUCUAACGACGACGACGAAUUAAACUAAGCCGUAACUAAAAAAAACUAAAUAGAAUAUACACGAAGAUUAUCUAAUAACAGACGUAAAUAAUGUUAAAAAAAAUUUUCUUCUAAAAUAAAUAUAAAAUAAUUUACCAUUAAUCGAUUUUAAUUCAAAUGUAAUCGAGAUGACUUUCCAAAUAAAGUUGAGACAAAGUGUAUCAAUCGCUGCAAUUUUUGUGUUUUUAGAUACGAUAAUACCGAUAACGGCAGACGGUAUUUCAUGCUUCAAAUGUCUUGUGUCGCCAUCGGUACACGAAGAAAAUAAUUUGCUAUGUUCGCAAUUUGAUGGUAGUCAACGAUUUCAAGUGUACUGUCCUUCGUCGACACUUUGCAGGAAAAAAACUAUUUACCACAAAUUCAAAACGUCUAUAAUCAUGGCUGUAGAAAGAGAUUGUGCACCUCAAAAGAGUACACUUCCCGUCUAUAGCAAAGUAGAGAAGAAAUGGCAAAACAAAGAAGAAAUUCACAAAACGGCUUAUGAAGAAGAUUGUUUUAUCGGCGAAGACCGAGGUGCUCCGGGAGGUCCACCAGAAUAUUGCUUUUGUAGUUUUCAUUUAUGCAAUUCGUCAAAAUCAAUUAAAACGACGAACAUGUAUCACAUUUUUCUAUUAAUAGCUACGUUGAUAUUCGUAACACUGAUAUAAAAUUUGUACUCUAAGUAAUUUUAGUCUUAUAAGGAUAUUUUUAUAAAAUACUUUUCUUUCUAGUUAUGCAUAGAAUAUAAAUGGUAAGCAAAGCAUUGUAAAAUUAAAUUGUCAAAAUUUAAAAGGAUAAUAAACAUGUGAUAUAAAAAUAUUUAAAUAAAUAAACUGAAAUAGUACUCAAACAUACCAGAACAUUUACAAAUUGUAAAAAAAAUUGAAAAAAUUUCGAGUAUCUAACGUUCACGUUCGUGACGAGAAAAAGUAUUUAAGUCUGAUCUGUUAAAAGGCGGAAAGCAAUAAAAUCAGAUCACCAAAAUAUAAUUGUCGAUAUAAAUAUUAAUACGCGUGUUAUGUCACAUU